GGGAGCGAGUCCUCUCUACGGGAGAGGUGGCGGGAUGGGAUCGCGAGCGGGACGAUAAUGAUAAGAGUGCGAUCGUCGGGGGCCGAGUCCAAGGCUAGCAACGAUAGGUGCGACCGGCUGAGGCGCAAGAGCAUCGCCUUCCUGGCCAAUCUCUUUAAGCUCGGAAGACGCAAUAAUUGUCUCACAGGCAUGAGGAUCGACGAGGAGACGACGGCCACGAGGAUGCAGCGCUCGCCGAGAUUCGAGAGCCCAGCCUGCGGAGGCGGUACGAGCUCGGGCUGUCGUCCUCGUUCCGGAGGUCCCCAGGAGCCCGGUACCGAAGAUCCUUUCCACGCCAGCGUCUCGAGGAUCCCCUCAACGCUAAGCGUCGCCGCGGUCGAGGCGGUCGUGGCUUGCAGGCGAGCCUCGCCCUCCCACUCCAUCCUCACGCUUACGCCAGGCAGGACCAGGAACAUCGACCAGGACAUGGAGGCGCUCAGACUCAGCCGUCAGGACAACCCCUUCUUACAGGUUUUAGCGAGUAAAGAAAGCCUUAUAGAAUCGGCAGAAGAAUCGGAAUCCGAUGACGCCAUCCUUAUGUCACAGGAAUUUGGAGACACGGACCCGCUGACUCUCGCCCAGGUACACGAACACUUGGUAAGGAGUCCGCCGCCCGCCUCCUGGUCGCGCAGCCCCACCUUUAGCUUCCCUCAGCAGUCUCAAAGUCGCCAGGACUGUGGUGGCCUCUCGCCCAACGCGACGUUACUACAUCGUACCCUGGAAGAUCAGCCCAAGAACGAGGAUUCGAUGGAAAUCAGAGAUCGUCACACGCACACGUUCUCCCUGCUGGACCCGACCCCGAUACGCUCCCUCUCGGAGGUACGGCGACUGCACCGCUCGGCCGACGACAGCGUGCAGUUGAUGUCGUCCGAGUAACGGAUGACGACGCUGCAAGUACGGAAGCGGCUCCCUGAGAUGCGAAGCCUUGGGGAUGAUAUUUCUAGGACAUCGCCCGUCUAGGACAGAUGGCGGAAUAAAAAUUUUGGAGUACGAGAACUGCGCGGUACAAAUGCUGGCGCCGACAGGAUAGAUUCUGCGAAGAAACGGUUUUACCGUUUUGCGCAAAAUGGAUC